AUGGCUUCUUUGUUCUUCUCACAUUGGCGCCUAUGCCUCUUCUUGGUGACGGCGCUCGUUAGCAAGGCUACGGCAUCUGGAUACUACGUGAGACACGUCUUUCGACCCACCCCGUGGAAACUUGCCUAUGCCACAUUUUACGGCGACGAAACUGCUUCUGAAACUAUGGGGGGAGCCUGUGGGUAUGGGAAUUUGUUCAGCAGCGGUUACGGGACUGACACGGCCGCCUUGAGCUCGGUUUUAUUCAACAACGGAUAUGGGUGUGGGCAGUGCUUCCAGCUGAGGUGCGUCAACUCACAGUGGUGCUACAGAGGGUCACCCAUCACCACAGUCACGGCCACCAAUCUCUGCCCUCCAAACUGGUCACAGGACUCGAACCACGGUGGGUGGUGCAAUCCUCCGCGCACCCACUUUGACAUGGCUAAACCCGCCUUCAUGAAGAUUGCUCAGUGGAAGGGUGGCAUUGUACCCAUCAUGUUCCGCAGAGUGCCAUGCAUCAGAAAGGGCGGGCUUCGGUUCAUGUUCCAGGGAAAUGGAUAUUGGCUGCUCGUGUACGUGAUGAAUGUGGCGGGUGGUGGGGACAUAGCAAGCGUGUGGGUGAAGGGAAGCAAGACGGGCUGGAUAAGCAUGAGCCACAAUUGGGGGGCUUCUUACCAGGCUUUUGCUACCCUUACCGGCCAACCGCUCUCUUUCAAGAUCACCUCUUACACGUCCCACGAGACUAUCAUUGCUUACAACGUUGCUCCCGCCAGUUGGCGUGCCGGCAUGACCUAUAGCUCCAAUGUUAACUUCCAUUGA